AUGCAGCACCCACGACUUCUGAAGAAUCUCCCGCCCUUCCUGGAUUUCCAGCGGCUGCAUCAGUCUGACCUCCCUUCCUGGUUGAGGUUAGAUUCUCACGCAGCCAGGAAGUCUCCGGGGAGCAGGAGAGCAUCUUCGGCAGGAGGCCCAGCAGGAAAGGCUGGUCGGGCGGCUGCUGCCACCUCAGGGCUGACUCAGGGCCGGGAGGGAGGCGGCAGAACCUCUCCAGCCGCGGGGGGCACUGGAGCUGCCCGACCAGGGCCCCGAACGGUCCUGCCGGAGUCAAAGCCCUCCGGCGCCGUCCAAGCUGAAGCCGUCCUGCCCGUUCCGAGGCCCCGCGGGAGAGCAAAGCGCAGGGCGGGCCGGGCGGCCACGGCUCCCCCUCGGGCUGCCUGUCCCACGCGGAGGGCCGCGACGGGGCGGCUCCCUGCCCACGGGACCCCAGCCUGGACGGCUCCGCCGGCGCCCCUUCCGCCGCGCCUGGGCGCCCGGGCCGGGGUCGGAGCCUUCGGGGCGGAGCCAGCCGAGGGAACCUGCGAGCCCCGGCCCCGCCCCCUCUUGCCAGGUGAGAACAGCUGCGGCGCCGGAGGGAGCGGGCGGGAGCGGCGCCUGCAGGUCACGAUGCCACGAGGACGCUGGUGUUACAAAGUGGAAACCCUCGUCCUCAGCGUGGUCGGGUUCAGCUGCCUGCUCUUCCUCCUCCACUCGCACAAGAGCAGCCCCCUCCUGGAAGUGGCAGAAACCCCGGCGCCCCCCACAGCCGCCAGCCCCAGAGCCCCAGAGCCUCUUCCCGAGUGCCGGCAGAACGCCUCCGUGGCCAACAUCUCCGGCUUCGCUGAGCUGCCUGACCACAUCAAGGACUUCCUGCGCUACCGCCACUGCAGGGCCUUCCCGCUGCUGCUCGACCUGCCUGAGAAGUGCGGUGCCCCUGAGGCCUCCCACCAAGUCUUCCUGCUGCUGGCCAUCAAGUCCUCCCCGGCCAACUAUGAGCGCCGCGAGAUCAUCCGCAAAACCUGGGGACAGGAGCGCAUGUUUGCCGGAGUCCAGAUCCGGCGCGUCUUCCUGUCUGGCGUGGCGGCCAAUGCCCGGGAGGCGCGCAAGCUCAACCAGCUGCUGCGCCUGGAGCAUGGGGAGCAUGGCGACGUGCUGCAGUGGCACUUUGUGGACAGCUUCUUCAACCUCACCCUCAAGCAGGUGCUCUUCCAUGCCUGGCUGGAAAGCCGCUGCCCAGGUGUCCGCUUCGUAUUCAACGGGGACGAUGACGUCUUCGCCAACACCGACAACAUGGCUCACUACCUGCUGGGGGUGCCCGGCGCAGGGGACCAGCACCUUUUUGUAGGCCACCUCAUCACCAACGUGGGCCCCAUCCGUGAGAAGUGGAGCAAGUACUACGUGCCUGAGCAGGUCACCUCCUCCAAGUCCUACCCGCCCUACUGCGGGGGUGGGGGGCUGCUGAUGUCCGGCUACACCUGCCACGCCAUCUACCAGCAGGCGUUGGGCAUCCAGCUGUUCCCCAUUGACGAUGUCUACCUGGGCAUGUGCCUGGAGAAAGCGGGGCUGGCGCCUGCCUCACACAUAGGCAUGCGGACGGUGGGCGUGAGAGUGCCUUCCUCCAAGCUGGAGUCCUUUGACCCCUGCUACUACAAGGAGCUGCUCCUGGUGCACCGGUUUGUGCCCUACGAGAUGCUGGUGAUGUGGGAAGCCAUCCACCAGCCGGACUUGGUCUGCGGGAAAAAGGUGGAGAUUUACCAGAGUUUGUGAGGCGUCAUGAGGAGGAGAUGCUCCUGCCCGCUGGGGGAGGGGGCUGCCCUGGUCUGGAAGGGCCCAAAACACUCUUGCUGCAGGGGUUUUGACCAGGGGUUUGGCUUGGACAAUCUGCCCCACCCGCUCCCUUCCUGCAAAAUGCAAGAGAGGCUUUGGGAGCUCUGGCAUAAAACUGGCAUGGAACCCAGGGCUGGCAAUGUCUUGGGAAUUGGGCAGCCCUGCCUCGUUACCUGCUGGCCACAGGAUCCGUGGAGGGUGGCCGGUUCCUGUUGCCCAAAUCCAUCCUGCAAUGACGAACUCCCCCAGAUCCCUUCCUGGACAGUGGACGAGCCUGGCUCUGGGGGGAGGGUCAUGGGUCAGUGUUCUCGUGGGGGAGGGGACAUGACCACCUGCUGGGUCCCACCCCCCUCCCAGAAGAUAAGCCACAAAUGGGUGUGAGCCUCACAGCCUCUCAAGUCAGACUGAUGUGCACUGAUUGUAGUGCCUAGUUGGUCCCUCUUCCUCAAGGGAAUUCUAGCUCCAGCCUGGUUUCCUCCUGAGGCAGGCGGAGGGGCCACCCAGGCCAACUCUGCUCAGAGUUGUGUAAGGCAAGCCCCCCCCUUCCCUUUGCAACUGGGUAGCAGAGAGGCCAGCCCACAAAGCCCCUCUGGGUGGGUGUCCAGACUCCGCUGGAGGGCUUUGUCCCCACCUGCUCUCUCCAAUCUCUCAGGUGCCAGAAUGUGCCUCUGGUGCUCACCUUUCUGUCUGGGGGGCAGCUCAGUUGGGGGCCCCUCCUCUUUGGAGAACAAGCAAAGUCUCUUCAGCUGCCAGGAAAGGCCAGGAGGAGCUCUGGGGAGGGGGCCAGGUCCUGACUUAGGUGGACCAGAGUUGUGGGAGGAUGUGUGUGUGGGGGGUGUUACAUCCUGGCAUAGGCUCUGCCCCCGCCCCCAGCUGCAGGGACACUGCCUUUUCCCUGUAGAGCUUCCCCACCUGGCUCUACUCUACCUCCAUCGGUCUCUUGCCUUCUGUAAGGGGUGGGGCAGUUCUUCCGGUCCCCUGCCCCCUUUUGAACCAGAAGGCUGAACCACAACCACAGGGUCUUUGCCCAUCCGCCCAUUGAUGGAAAGUGCAUCUCCACAGCUUUUGCGUUGUUGCCUUCGUGGCCAGUGGGGGGAGGCGCAGGCUAUCUUGGGCAGGGGUCCCUCUGGGCGGGGCGGGGCCUGUCCCCCAUCCAGGAGCAAGGCCAGGGCCUGGUGUUGCGUUGCUCGGCCAACCUGGCCAGAUUUCUCUCCAAGUGCAGGGGGCCUCUUGAUCCUCAGGGAACUGCUUUUCCGGAGGGGCAACCCUCAAUUGGGGGGUGCCAUCCCCUCUUUUGGGGACUGAUGAAAGAAUAAGAACGGUGCUACCAACCUGGGCUUCCUCUGGAAAUUAUGAGGGCAUCUGGGUGUUUCCCUGGUUUGCGCACCAUCUCUCUCCCUCCCUCCCUCCCUUGCCCCAUUCCUGGGGCCCUGAAGAAGUUGUGCAACUGAACUGGCUAGUUCCUGGUUGCCCUUUAAGGGCUCAGCUGAAGCGAAGGGCUGGAGCAACAGUGGCAGGUUGGCCCCAUGGAACCUUUUCUCCACUUUCAUUGCGUCUUUUAUGACCUUGUCCUUAUGUACUCUUCCAAUAAAAGGUAGUUAUUUA